CAUAGAAACUCCUUUAAAACACGGGGAAAAGAAACCGCCCAUCACACACCCAGCACACCAGCCCAGGAAACUUAUAACCUCGGGAGUCAGGUCCCUCCCCUCACUGUGGUUGCAAAUCUCCUGAAGAGAGGACCAGACCAGCAGCCUGCUCUACCACCCAGGGCAUCUGCCUCUCUCACUGGAUACUCUAGAAUUCUCUACUCAGGAGUCACCAAAAAGCCAAGAUGUUGGUGCUACUGGCUGGUCUCUUUGUGGUCCACAUUGCCACUGCCAUUAUGCUGUUUGUCUCCACCAUUGCCAACGUCUGGAUGGUUGCAGAUUACGCAAAUGCGUCUGUAGGGCUUUGGAAGAACUGCACCGGUGGUAACUGCGACGGCUCUCUGUCCUACGGCAAUGAAGAUGCUAUCAAGGCAGUGCAAGCCUUCAUGAUCCUAUCCAUCAUCUUCUCCAUCAUCUCCCUCGUGGUCUUCGUGUUCCAGCUCUUCACUAUGGAGAAGGGAAACCGGUUCUUCCUCUCAGGAUCCACCAUGCUGGUGUGCUGGCUGUGUAUCCUGGUUGGAGUGUCAAUCUACACUCAUCAUUACGCCCACAGUGACGGGAACUUCAACUCUAGCAGCCACCAAGGCUAUUGUUUCAUCCUGACCUGGAUCUGCUUCUGCUUCAGCUUCAUCAUUGGCAUACUCUAUAUGGUCCUGAGGAAGAAAUAAGCCUAAUACGCUUAUGGGCCUCUGGGGGCGGGGUGGGCUGGGUAGGAGGAAGCAACCUAACCUGGGAGGGAAGCAGGAGUCACUGUGUAAGAAUAACUGAGAGAGGGGAGGGGGGAGGGGAGAGGGAAGGAAGAGGGGGAGAGGCCCAAACCCAAACCAUAUCUGGGGCAGUGGGAUUCUCUACUGCCAAGCACCCAUCCUUGGAAGAAAGUUAUUGGCUGAUACACUGAUGCUUCCUUGACGUCACCAGAGAGUCCUCCUCUAGCCACCAAAUAUGGCCCUGUCCAUCCUCAAUUACAUACACUCGGGACCUCCCCAGCUGCCAUACCACUGGCGCCACUCUUGAGGGUGGCUGCUGGGUCACACACUGAGGUCUUCCACAUCCAUAUCAUCAAGUUCUGAUGGUGGUUCAGGUCCUAGCAAGAGCAGAUAUUGCCUCUAUGCUGAGGCUAAGUCUGGAAGCCACCUUGUGACCUAAAACCAAACAUCAAAUCCAGAUCCCAUGUGCCUGUAGUGGGAGCUUUGGCCGGGAAGCCAAUGUGCAUAUUUGGUGGCCUUUCUAACAAAAGUAUAGGAAGAGAGAUGGUUUGUAAGUUCAAGCUGAUGGAAUUGGUUUAGCCAAGAAAUGUAAGUUUCUACCCCAGAGGAUCUUGGAGACAGGUGGGGACAGGCAGUGCUCCUCAGUCACAUGUCACCGAGCUGUCCCUCAUGGAGGCCUCCUGUUGUGGACUCUGCUAGACUCUCACUUACAGCCAAGGCAGCUUUUCUGGAGUUUUUCUAGAUUCUCUAGAGCCAAAGAUGAUAAUGCCCCACAAAACGUAGGGUCAAAGCAUAUGCCCACCGCAGUGCUAUAGUAAGUUUGUGGGUUUUUAGGAUUCCCCCAAAGCACUCAAUGUAUCUUGUAUAUGUAACAGGGGAGAAAUGCAUGUGUUCCUCUGACAUACAAUUCGGAACUAGGAAUAUUUGAGGAAGUCCAAUGAUGACCAACAACACUGGGGACCAGAACAUAACAUCUAAAUGCAGUGGUCACUGUAGCUUUGACCUGGGCUGGAGUGGUCUCCUCUCAACAGCUUUCAACACACUAUUUUCCAGCUAAAGAUGGCAAAGCUGUAAGCCAAUUAACAUAUCCACCAACCUAAACUAAAGAACCAGUCCUGAGGGUGUGAGGGAGGUGCUAUCUGGUUAUGGAGUAUUAAGCAAACCAUAUUUCAUUUAUGUUAAGAAGAGAAUGCCUGCUCUCAGGAAAAAAAAUGUAAUUGUGUGAGAUGAAUAAAGUCCUGGUGAUGGGCAGACAGUUUCUUUUUUUUAAACAGGAGAAACUCUUAGGGCGUCCAGACAGAUGGUAGCUAAAUUGUUGGGGCUGCAGGGGUAUUCCUGUAUAAGACUUAGAGGUAGUAUGAUAUCUCAGAUUUCUGCCUUAAAGGGCUUUCUUUUUAGAAAUAGUUUCUUUUAUUGCCCUUAGAAGAUCACCCCCAGGAAGAGUAUGAGAUAUCUUUUCUACAUUUCUUUUCCUAGGAAUAUUCUUAUCCACUUAUUAUAUACAUUUCUUUUGGGAGGGAGUUUUUAUGCUAUAGUUGCUGGUAUUUAUGUAAAGGGACCAUUACUAAGUGUAUUUCUCUAGCAUAUUAUGUUUAAGGGACUGUUCAAGGUCGGUUACUGAAUUACUGGGCUGAUGUUAGAGACACUGGCCAGAAAAGCUAUAAUAAGUUCUUAAAUUGUAAUUUGAUCACUAUACAUUUGUUCUAUGCUGCCUUAUGUUCAUAAGAAUAUCAACAGACAGCUAGAGCCGGAAAAAGAUAGUCACAUUUUGUUAAAAAGUUGAAUUAUGACUGGAGUGAACCGUGCAUUCCCUUGCCUUUUACUUUUUUUCUGUGACAUUUACGUCUCAUGUAAUUUGCAUCGCAUUGGUGGGUUAUUCUAGUACUGUAUUUGGCUUCUUCAUUAAUAGGAUAUUUCACAUACUAUAAUUGUAAAUAUUUUGAUACAAAUGUUUAUAACUCUAGGGAUAUAAAAACAAAUUCUGAUUCCCUA